CACGAAGAGCAUGUUGUGAUCAGCUAAAUCCUCACAUGUGUUACAGUAGUUGCAGAACACACGGCUAGAGAAAUACAUAAAAAUGGCGUUUUCUUCCUCCAGAUUAGUACUAAAAGCAAUUAGCAGGACAGUCAAUAGUGGCAGACAAUUUAGCAGCUUCAAAUCAUCAUCCAGAUAUUUGCUAAAAUCGUCAGAAGAAUGUCAAACACCCCGUACAUUGUCACGAUCGAUGUGGAACCUAUGCACCGGCAGCCGGCGAAGCUCAACGGGGAACCGCGGGGACGGCACGCUAGGUCCGCUGGCUUGUGGAGUAACAAGGGUUUCGAGGCCAAGUAAAACAUGUUCAUGUGGCUGUAAAGGCGCUUGUCUGCAUACCGAAGCUGACAGUGAUUUAGUGAAUUUCUUGAAGGAGGAGAUUGAGGUUGAGCAAGACAGUCUGACAAAUGUCCCAAAGGUUCCAGGUUUUGAAGUUACCGUAAACGACGCAGACAUCAAACUCACUCGAGAUAUAGAAGCAGAGAGGAUAACAGUUCGAUUCAACAUCAACCAUUCAGUAGAGAUGGAAGGUGGUGCUGAGGAAGGCCAAGAAGAAGCUGCUCCUGAAAUGAGAUCGUAUCCAGACUUCAACGUCGAGGUGAGCAAGGGAGGAGCAAACAGCCUGAGAAUAAGCUGUGCCUACCAGAGAGACGAUGUCUUAGAUGAUCAGGAGGUCGAUGCAGAGCCUGACGAUGAUGAGCUCUUCCUCAUCGAUGAGGUUCUGUUUGCCAAAGAGGGAGCAUCGACGGACACCCUUGAGGGCGCUUAUCGUGUGGGGUCAGAGGUCAUGAAUGGGGACCUUUAUGAUCAUCUGAAGAACUACCUAGCCGAGAGGGGGAUCAAUAAGGAUUUCUGUGAGAAGCUUUCAGACUUAUCCAGUGCAGUGGAACAUCGGCAAUACAUUGGCUUUCUCAACCAACUCCAAGGGUUCGUUAAGAAAUGAGUCGACUGAAUCUAUCUUGGACUUUGUAGUUCGUCAUCUUUUUUUAAUAAAUCUCCGGCUGUCGGUGCGGACAUACGAAGACUGAAGUCGUGCUGUACCCUGAGAGACUAUACCUGAAUACUACAGAUGUUAUGGAAUGCAUGUUCACGUGCAGUUGGAUAGAAAGAUACCUGUGUGCAUGACGUUUUUAAUCAUGUUAUACAGGGUGGCCCCAAAAGAACGCAACACCCACGAUCUGCAAACAUCAUUGGCACACUGUCGUUGGUUUUUGUUUUAUUGAGUAGAAUUUUUUUUCUAGUAACACAACAUCAUCAUCAUCAAUUUUGGGUGAGGUGUUUUAAUUCUUAGGCUAUUUUUGUGAAGCAACGUCAUUAAAAAAUGGCUACUUAUGCAUCCUUAGUCGUGUUUAAAGCAGCAAGUACUGUAUUUUGUGCAUAACUGCUUCCCAUACAUUUAGCCAUGUUGAAAGGAAAUGUCAUGUGUUUGUCAACACAACUGAUUGUAUGGGAAGCCAUUGCAGAUCUCCCAGUGUUGCACUGGGCCACCCUGUAUAAUACAAAAAUCAUUGUUGAUGUUUUGAUUAUUCGAAAGUCCUCUCAGUCCUGCAGUUAGUUGUUUGGUCUUAAACGCUGAGCUAGCAUGAAACCUUAAUGUAUUCCUUACUAAAUAAAGAAUUAUGUUCUUCAGUUCUUGAAUUUGAAGUAAUAAUCUUACACAAAAAGACAAAGUAUAACAUAACAGUUUUACCUGAUUUUUAACCAAAGCAACUUCAUUUAUUAUUAAUAAAUAUAGUAACAAACAAAAGAACAGACCAAAUCCAAUGUUAUGACUCAUUUUUGUACUAAAAUCAUGAUAGAACCCCAAUAUAUAAGUAAAUAUGAUUUCUACCACAAUGUUUUGCAGUUAGAAACUUUAUUUGUUCUUUUAAACAUCACUUUUUACAAAGAAAUCAAUUAAAUUAUUUGAAAAUAUUGCAAAUCGAUGAUGAUUUUGCAUUUCUGAAUACACCUGUAAAAAAAUAGCAAACAAAAAUGCUUUCCAUGACAUAUGAUACUGAUAAUUUGGAAAGUACUUUUUCUGCCAAGGCUCGCUCAUCAAUUAGUUUGUGUAAUCAAAUGACUUUUAGGGCAGAAAAGAAGAAUUGUUUAAACAUGCGCUCCUUGUGUCUAGUGUUCCAUUGUACAUGAAAGAAAAAUGAUAUGUUUGUGAGGUACUACACCUUUAAGUCAUUAUCAGACUUUGUAUGGACGAGUCUAUAAUCUAUUAAAAUCAGGUCUAUUCCAUUCACUGA